GAAAGUUUUUGAAAUAUCUCUCUCUCUUCGCCAUAUCCACCGGCCUUUGCUGCAGAAGGAAACCCCAAGGUUCCUCAUUUUCCCUCAAUUUCCAAAAUUUUCUCAGGAAACAAACAGUAAAAAACCCCCAAUUUGCACCACCCCAAAACCCUAGGUCUGCCAAUGAAUUCGAGUGACCAGCAACAACGAAAUAACGCGAAGCUAAACCCUAACUACGGAAGAAGAAGAUGACUAGCAACCAAAACGACGGAGAUUCAGGAGGUGGUGAGUUGGGAAAGGUCCACAGGGUCCAGCCGGAGCGUGACUUGGAAGCCAAUUGGGAAGUCGAUCUCGCCAAAAAACUUGAAGAGUAUCUCUUGAAGAUUUGCUCCGGUGAAAUUACUGGCUCCCAAAGCGAUGACGGAUAUAGCUCCGUGAAUUUCGCUGAAGCUGCGUUGCUGCUUCAGGGUUCGGUUCAAGUGUAUAGCCGGAAAGUAGAGUAUCUAUACAACUUGGUUUUGCAUGCUUUGGAGUUUCUUUCUCAGAAGAGGCAGCAGGAUCAACCGGAAGGCGCAUCAGUCGAUCCUGAACAAGUUGCUUCUAAGGCUUCUUCAGAUGAAGACAAUGAUCAAUUUUGGGGCUUAGAUGACAUCCCAGUGGAAGCAAAGAUUUACUUAGAUAGUUCAGCCAACAAAGACACUUUGUUGAAUCACUUUGUCAAGCCCCCUGCAAAUUUAGUUGUUCUUGAAGGUGAUUGCUUGGACACUUCUGGUGAUGGCAGCGAAUUAGAGUCCUAUCUGUUGGCAACAAAUGAUCUCUACCAGGAUUUUAUUCUAUUAGAUCCUUGUGAUGCAGUAGCGGUUGACAAUUAUUUGAAGGGUAAUGAAGCUGGUAAAGAAGAAUAUGGCAUUUAUAGGGGUAGUUCAAGGCGCAAGAGCUUUCAGUCUCCCACACGACGUUCAGGGGGGACUGCACAUAAAUCAUAUCUUGGAAAAAACAAGAAUGCUAAUGUUAAUCAAUCUCCUAGGGUUGAUUGCGACUUUGGUGUUAAUGACUGUAAUACGGGGCCUGAUCCUCCUGACGAUGAUAAUUUUGGAAAUGUAGAUCAUGGAUUUGAUAUGGAUGAUAGGUAUUCAGAACCUAGAGACUUACAUGAUUCAGAUGAUGAUGAUAGUGAUCCAUGGAAACCUCUGAAUCCCCAUGAACCAGGAAACUUGAAAGUGAGGCCUUUCAAAAAGGUAAAAGCUUCCAAAAGGAUUGGGGUAAAUUCUACGAAGAUUAUUCCUAUAACUACUCUGUUUCCACUAGCUAGAUUGCAUGGUCCCAUUAGUCCAGAACUAACAGAGAUGUGGGAGAGGUGGCAGAGUGCCUUUGAAAGACAGAGGGAGUCUACGUCUCCUCCAUUAUAUGAAAAGCUUCGGCAAUCACUAUCUGGUCGGGGAAGUGGAGCUGCUGAUGCUUUUGCUAAUUUGGAAGACGGCAAUGAAGACAGUGGAUAUCAUGGUGAGAAUGCUGAUUUUGGUGGACCAGAUUUUGAUGUGCCAGAGAAUAUGUCUAUGGAUGAAGAAUUACCUUUUCACAAUGAGAAGCAUGAGGAUUUCGGAACCAAUGAAAUGUUUGACCAUGGCGAUCCAUAUUCUCAAGCAAGCCUGGAAGAUCUCUGUCGCUCUCACCUAGAUGCUCUCCUUGCCAGCAUUGCUGAAAACGAGAAGCAAACUGAAUUGGCUGCUCGAGUCUCAUCAUGGAAGCAGAAAAUUGAGCAUAACUUGGAAGAGCAGGAUUCACAUCCUCCAUUUGAUAUUCAUGAGUAUGGUGAAAGAAUUCUUGACAAACUAUCACUUGAAGCUGACAAUGGAAAUGUCAUGCCAUUCACUGAUGUUGUUAAGGGCCAAGAAAAACAUGAUGUUGCUCGAUCCUUUUCUGCACUUCUCCAAUUGGUGAAUAAUGGAGAUGUUGAUUUAGAUAGAAGUGGAGUUCAUAGUGAGUCUGUCUGUUAUUCGGCUGUAAACCCAUUCCAUGUCCAGCUCCUAAAGCAUGACAAGAGAAGGGUGGAAACUCAAUUUCGAAUGUCCAAAAAGAGAGGUAAAUCACCCUUGAGAAAAGAACCUUCAAAGGGUGACUGGAAUAAAUCUUCACCAGAGAAAUCUCCAUCUGUCAAGUUAGAUUCAGAUUACGGAUCAACAAAAUUGUCAUCACAACCAAAUUGCAAACUUUCUGUGAAGCUUGGGCAGUUUGGUGGUGUAAGGUGCACUCCUGAAGCCAAGAGGAGACGAAGUUCUCGUUUAGUUGAACCUGUCGACUUGCACUCUGCAGGGUGACACAAACAUCAAAUAGAAGUUAGGCCAGUCUGCAGCUGAAUAGCUCAGAACACUUCACCAUUGUUUUAGAUUAUUUUGACAAUGUUUAGCUAUCAAAUUGUAUAACCGGUGUAACUUAUUCCUAGGAUGUACUUAAUCAGUCACAAUGUCUUGUAAUAACAUACUAUCACUAAUUUUCCAUGUAGAUCUUGGUUUUCGGCUAUGUAAUAACAUCAACCUGCUUCUUUCUAAUUAUCCAAGAUAGCAAGAAGGAUGCUUGUUUUAGAUUUCUUCUUAGUACACAUUCCAGUUUGUAAUGUAAAGUAAUCUUU